AUGUUCGCGAACAAAGCGCAAGUGUUACAAAAUGAGAUUCCCAAGAUUUAUCUGUCGGACGAGGAUCCGAAAAACUGUGAAAUACCCGGAAGUGUGAUGGACGGAAUAAUUUUGGAUGUCAACGAACCGCCGUACAAGGUCUGUAAGGCGCGAUGGCUGAUGCUUGGAUUCUUUGUCCUCUAUUCGGCAUCGAACGCCUUGCAGUGGACCCAGUAUACGAUAAUAUCAGACAUAGUUGUGAGAUAUUAUGGUGUUACCAGCAAUAUAGUGUCAUGGACGUCUAUGGUGUAUAUGAUCGCGUAUGUGCCGUUGAUCUUUCCGGCAAGUUGGUUGCUGGAUAAAACGGGUCUUCGAAUAACAACAAUCAUCGGGUCGCUGGGAACAUGCGCGGGCGCAUGGAUGAAAGUGUUUUCGGUGCCACCAGACAUGUUCUGGGUUGGCUUCGCGGGGCAAACGAUUGUGGCCAUAUCGCAAGUCUUUAUCCUGAAUGUCCCCCCGCGCCUGGCAGCUGUCUGGUUCGGCGCGGACCAGGUGUCUUCUGCCUGCAGCAUCGGUGUCUUUGGGAACCAGCUCGGUAUCGCCCUGGGAUUCCUGUUACCCCCCAUAAUUGUUCGUGCACAAGGAACAGUUGAGGAGAUCGGGGAAGACUUCAAAUUCAUGUUCUACCUGAUAGCUGGAGUUACUACUGUAUUGUUGGUGCUAAUAGUUUUGUUCUUCAAAGCAGCGCCUGCCAGUCCACCGUCGGCUGCAGCUGAUUUGGGCGCCGCCCUAGACUCGAAUUUCCUACAGUCCCUGAAGAAACUGAUGACAAACCGCAACUACAUACUUUUGUUGAUCUCUUACGGCCUAAAUAUCGGCGUGUUCUAUGCUAUAUCGACUCUGCUCAAUGAACUAGUAUUACGUUACUAUCCGGGCGCGAAUGCUGAUGCAGGCCGCAUAGGUCUCGUGAUCGUCGUAGCUGGCAUGGUGGGUUCUGUCGUUUGCGGUUACAUUCUGGAUAAGACUCAUCGCUUCAAGGAAACGACGCUGGCUGUGUACGCUGCAUCAGUUGUGGGAAUGAUUAUUUUCACUUUUACUUUGGACUGCGGACAAAUUGCUGUAGUGUAUUUCAGCAGUAUACUUCUUGGUUUCUUCAUGACGGGAUACCUUCCAGUUGGAUUUGAGUUCGCUUCGGAGAUCACUUACCCAGAACCAGAAGGAACUACGUCUGGAAUAUUAAAUGCUUGUGUACAGGUCUUCGGCAUAAUACUCACUCUGCUCUUCGAAUGGAUGCUGGCAGAAGUUGGCGAUCGCUGGGCGAAUUUAACUCUAUGCGCGAUUCUCGCUGUUGGUACUGCUAUAACGGCCGCCAUCCGAUCCGACUUGAGACGCCAAGCUGCGCAGAAUAAGGGUUAA